AUGCCACCGACAGUAUCGCCACCUCAACAUGAAGCAUCUCCCCCGCCACCGGCAGCAUCGCCACCUCCACCACCGGCAGCAUCGCCACCUCCACCUGCAACAUCUCCCCCGCCACUAGCAGCAUCGCCACCUCCACCACCGGCAGCAUCGCCACCUCCACUGGCAGCAUCUCCAACGCCACCGACAGUAUCACCACCUCAACAUGAAGCAUCUCCCCCACCACCCGCAGCAUCGCCACCUCCACCUGCAGCAUCUCCCCCGCCACCGAUAGCAUCGCCACCUCCACCGGCAGCAUCUCCAACGCCACCGACAAUAUCGCCACCUCAACAUGAAGCAUCUUCCCCGCCACCGGCAGGAUCGCCACCUCCACCUACAGCAUCUCCCCCGCCACCGGUAGCAUCGCCACCUCCACCGGCAGCAUCUCCAACGCCACCGACAGUAUCACCACCGCAACAUGAAGCAUCUCCUCCGCCACCGGCAGCAUCACCACAUCCACCGGUAGCAUCGCCACCUCCACCGACAACAUCUCCACCGCCACCGGAAGCAUCGCCACCUCCACAUGCAACAUCUCCCCCGCCACCGGUAGCAUCACCACCUCCACCGGCACCAUCUCCACCGCCACCGGCAGCAUCGCCACCUCCACCGGUUGCAUCUCCACCGCCACUGGCAGCAUCGCAACCUCCAUCGACAGCAUCUCCACCGCCUCCGGCACCAUCGCCACCUCCACCUGCAGCAUCUCCACCGCCACCGGCAGCAUCGCCACCUCCACCUGCAGCAUCUCCACCACCACCUGCAGCAUCUCCACCGCCACCGACAUCAUCGCCACCUCUGCACGGAGCAUCUCCCCCGCCACCGGCAGCAUCGCCACCUCCACCUGCAGCAUCUCCCCCGCCACCGGCAGCAUCGCCACCUCCACCGGUAGCAUCUCCACCGCCACCACCAGCACCUCCACCGGUAGCAUCUCCCCCGCCACCAGAAGCAUCGCCACCUCCGCCUGCAACAUCUCCCCCGCCACCGGGAGCAUCGCCACCUCCACCUGCAGCAUCUCCCCCGCCACCGGGAGCAUCGCCACCUCCACCAGAAGCAUCGUCCCCACCACCGGCAGUAUCUCCGCCACCACCGGCAUCAUCACCACCUCCACCGGUAGCAUCUCCACCGCCACCGGAAGCAUCACCACCUCCACCAGCAUCAUCUCCCCCGCCACCGGCAGCAUCACCACCUCCACCGGCAUCAUCGCCACCGCCACCGGCAGCAACACCACCACCACCGGCCGGUGGCAUCGGGAAGUGCUCGCUGGGCGAUAUAGCUGCAUUUGGAGUGUGCAUCGACAUCAGCGUAGGAAGGAUGGGCAUGGCUGGUAGAGACUUCUGCUGCCAACGGAUCCGUGGGAUGCCGGUCGUCAAUGCCGUGACUUGCCUAUGCAACACCUUCUUGAAGUUCAAUGUUCGUGCCAACAUCGAUGUCGCCAACAAGGUCAAUGUCAUCCUCGAAAUCUGUGGCAAACCUCGAGUGCCCAACCUCUCUUGCAUCCACGGAUUGUCCUAAGACCUCAAUCGACGGCGUAGAUUUGCUACUCGAUCUCCUAUGCAGAUGUAGCACUUAAAUAAUAAUUUUUAAAUUACCUACUGCUACUGUGUGUGCCUAGCUUAAAUCAGCGGUACACUAGUUAAAGUAUUAUUCUCCUAAACAAAAAGUUCUGAUUGUCUCGAUAAGAAAAGGUAUUGUCUAUA